AUGGCACAGGCGUUUCUUGGACAACUGAAGACGGCCGUACAGCCCAAUCGCAAGUUGUAUCGCUGCAAUUGGUGCCUGCAAGACGCGAAGACAAAGCUAGAUCGUCACCAGAUGACAUGCCCCCGAUGCCCUGUCGGGAUAGAUGGGAGGGCAGAGUUCAUCAAAGAAAACAAGAAGAUGCUGAAGGACAACUACACCGCAUUCGAGGCCAACAAAGCGGUCCCUGAAGGAUGCUAUUCAUCAGACAAGUUGUACACCGCAUCCGAGGUGUACGCCAUCCUUGAGGACUGGGGGCAUGAUAUAAUCCCCACAGAGUUUGGUGUAUGGACGCACCCGGUGGAGCCUGCUUGUCGCUUGGUGAAACGGCGCUUUCCGCAAGUCGAGCGGGAAGAACAGCCAGAAAAACAGCAGCGUCUGCCGCUGUCAAAGUCGUUGUUCACUAGAUCUCCACCAGCGCCUGUGGCUCAAAGGUCACCAUUAAAGUUAUCUCCACCAAAGAAGGCAGUGCAGGCUGGCGGCGGCAAACAGAAAGCGGCCACGGUCAGUCGGGCCCCGGAGAGCGACGAGGAGGACGCCCGCACCAAGAAGCGCCCGCUGUCGUCCCUGGAAAGCGAUCUUGAUGCCGAGGUUAAACCGCCGUCUGGAAGCAAAUCAAGAAGGCGGGUAAUCUUUUCUUCAAGUGAUUCUGAGGAUGAGCCGGACUCCGGAAUUUCUCCUAUCGGUGACGCCGCUACAGAUGUCGCUACCUGCCAGCCUUCGACUUCCGCAAACGGUGGAGGCACUCGCGUCCUGUCAGCAAACGGGCGACUGCCGACCGCAGACCUCAGGAGAAGAUUGAAGGAAAAUGGCUUCUACGAUGUUCCCCAGCCGUUUAUUGACCAGCCUAUAUUUAGGAACUUCCGCUCGCACCAACGGAAAGCGCAUACGUCCGAAGCAGCGAUUAACAACAGCCUGGCCGACGUGACGAGGAUGACGUGGAAAAUGAUGGGGCUACAGGGCAUCACAGGGCAAGAUUUCAAAACGACUUACCUGUCGUUGGCCGGUUACGAGAAGCUUCUUGCAUGGUUUGACAAAAUGGAUGUAAAUAUCAAAACCGUGUUAAAUUACACGAAGAACUUCAUGCAAUUCAUGAAGUACGUGAACAUUGACAUGGACCUACUGUUGGUAAGUAACGAUCAAGGUGAGUUUAACAGGCUUUCUUGUCUUCAAAUCCAUAUUUCUAACUCGCGUUCUGGUCUAGAUUCAGGUGUGUUUGAACUCCACAAAAGACAGAUGAACUCGAAGCCGAUGCCACCUGCACCAGCCGAAGUGAAGAGAGUCCUUACGGUUGCCAAAGACGACUUCGAUAGAGCGAUGGAUGAACUGAGAAAGAAGGACGACUCCGGACCGAUUCUAACCAAGACAAGGGUAGCCUUCAUUAACCGAUAUAUCACGGCCUAUCUGUGUCUGGGCCAGGGUAUACGUGUCGGCGCAGCCGAAAAUAUGCAUGGCAGUGAGUUUCAGGCGGCGUAUAAUGGCGAGCGGACAUUGUCUGACCUUGGCAACCCACACAUUGUAGUUCAUGUGGCCAAUCAUAAGACGAAGGUCUCGCAGGACUGCCGCAUUGCCCUUAAUUCCUACUGGACUGAUAUUUUUUAUUUAUAUUUCAGGUACGUGCGCAUCAUCAUCUUCCGUCUGAAGAAUGCGACACACCCGUAUUUCUUCACGCAGAGCGACGGGCGCCAUUUCAAGAAGGUCAGCGACGGGAUCGAGAAGUUACAGAAGCAGUAUAAGGUUGCCAAAAUCACCUCAUCAACCGCUCGGUGCGCGUGGGAGACGUGGGUUGAAUCAAGGCCUGAAGCCCAGAGGAAGUUAGUCGCCGACUACCUGUGCCAUUCGGCGGAGGCGAUCGAGGAGGAUCAGGGCGUGGACGGCAAAGGCAACCGCGUGUCAGUAACCGUGGACGCAGCGGUUGCCCAUAGCGUACCUCGAUCGGUGGCGACAACAUCAGUCGAUGUGACGUCUGCCGCUGAGCAGGAGGUACCACCGUCCACGGCCACUCCACCGAAAGCCGUCUUGCCAAGAUCACCGAAGACGCCGAAGGACAUCAAGGUGGAGCGCAUCAUGGACCAACUGAAGGAGAAAGUGGCCGGGGAUAUCGCCGACGUGACCAUUCCCACCCCUACCCAAUUGAUAGACAUGGAGAAGGCUGCUGGACGUAAGAUGAGCCCAGAUGAUGCGGCAACCAUACAGCGCUCCCUCCGGACCAUGCGGGACAACGCUCUUGCGGACAACAUGGCCAUUCGUCUUUUGAAGAACUGGAAGAAAAGACAGAAUGUGCCGUACAAGGACCUGCUUGCACCUACGUUGACGGCCGCAGACUUGGUGAGGAACAAGUGUGGCGUCAAAAUCAAGGAGAGCGUACUGUUGUCCAAGUUCCGGUCCAUGCAAAAGACCUACCAGAGCUCGUCCCUGAAUCCGGAUAGCGAUGAUAUGAGGGCCCUCAUCAAAGGACAGAGCUGGCCUUACGUUUGUCUACGCAGCAGUGCCAACAAAGGGAGAGGUGUCUUUGCCAACUCGUCAAUCCCCAAAGGACAGGUGGUGUGCGAUUACCACGGCCAGACGAUUUCGUCGGAGGAGGGAGAGCAACGAAUGAGGAGCACGGACCCCCAGGCCACCAACUACAUGCUGUUUUUAAAGGAAGACGGUACAACCGUGGUCCUGCUGACGGCGAUUCGCGACAUAAAAGCAGGCGAGGAGCUCCUCUUCGACUAUGGGGUCCGAAGAGGAGAAGAUGGGGAAGAUAUAGGUUGGCUGAAAAAGUAA